ACAGUAUGCCUUCUUUCCUGUUUCUGGAAGCCAUCUGCAUUUUCCUGUGUUCCAGAGUGUCUCCAUCCCUCUCUCUUCAGGAAGUCCAUGUGAGCAGGGAAACCAUUGGGAAGAUAGCAGUGGCCAGCAAAUUGAUGUGGUGCUCGGCAGCAGUGGACAUCCUGUUUCUGUUAGAUGGCUCUCACAGCAUUGGGAAAGGAGGAUUUGAGAGGUCUAAACACUUUGCCAUCACUGUUUGUGACGCUCUGGACAUCAACCCUGAGAGGGUCAGAGUGGGAGCCUUGCAGUUCGGGUCCAUGCCUCAUCUGGAAUUCCCCUUGGACUCCUUUUCAACCCGACAGGACGUGAAAGCAAAAAUCAAGAGGAUAGUUUUCAAAGGAGGACGCACAGAGACAGGUCUUGCUCUGAAACACCUUUUGCACAGAGGAUUCCCUGGGGGCAGAAAUGGUUCUGUACCCCAGUUCCUCAUCAUAGUCACUGACGGCAAGUCCCAGGGGUCUGUGGCACUGCCAGCCAAGCAGCUGAAGGAAAGGGACGUCACUGUGUUUGCCGUGGGGGUCCGGUUUCCCAGGUGGGAGGAGCUACUCGAGCUGGCCAGUGAGCCAAAGGAGCAACAUGUGCUGUUGGCUGAGCAAGUGGAGGAUGCUACCAACGGCCUCCUCAGCACGCUCAGCAGCUCAGCGCUCUGCACCACUGCUGAUCCAGACUGCAGAGUGGAAGCUCACCCCUGUGAGCGAAAGACGCUGGAGACCAUUAGGGAGCUGGCUGGCAAUGCCCUGUGCUGGAGGGGAUCAAGGCAGGCUGAUGCCGUGAUGGCUUUGCGCUGUCCCUUCUACAGCUGGAAGAGAGUGUUCCUAAGCCACCCUGCCACCUGCUACAGGACCACCUGCCCAGGCCCCUGUGACUCUCAGCCCUGCCAGAAUGGAGGCACAUGUGUUCCCGAAGGAGUGGACAAAUACCAUUGCCUCUGCCCGCUGGCCUUCGGAGGGGAGGUCAACUGUGCACCAAAGUUGAGCCUGGAAUGCAGAAUCGAUGUCCUCUUCCUGCUGGACAGCUCUGCGGGCACCACUCUGGAGGGUUUCCUGAGGACCAAGGCCUUUGUGAAACGCUUUGUACAGGCUGUGCUGAGUGAGGACUCUCGGGCCCGUGUCGGGGUGGCCAGUUACAGCAGAGAGCUGGUGGUGGCUGUGCCUGUUGGGGAGUACCAAGACGUGCCAGAUCUGGUCAGGAUCCUGGACAACAUUCCUUUCAGUGGUGGUCUGACCCUGACAGGUAGUGCCUUGCGACAGGUGGCAGAGCAUGGCUUUGGCAGUGCUACCAGGACAGGACAGGACCGGCCUCGCAGAGUGGUGGUCCUGAUCACUGAGUCGCACUCCCAGGAUGAGGUGGCUGGGCCGGCACGUCAUGCAAGGGCCCGGGAGCUGUUCCUUCUGGGUGUGGGCAGCGAGGCUGUGCAGGCAGAACUGGAGGAGAUCACAGGCAACCCAAAGCAUGUGAUGGUCUACACAGACCCUCAGGACCUGUUCAACCAAAUCUUGGAGCUGCAGAGGAGGCUGUGUAGUUGGUCACGGCCAGGAUGCCAGGUACAGUCACUGGACCUAGUCUUCCUUUUGGAUGCCUCAGCCUCAGUGGGACCAGAGAAUUUUGCUCAGAUGCAGAGCUUUGUGAGGAGCUGCACCCUCCAGUUUGACGUGAACCCUGACGUGACACAGGUGGGCCUGGUGGUGUAUGGCAGCCAGGUGCAGACAGCUUUCGGGCUGGAGACCCAUCCCACCCGUGCUGCUGUGCUCCGGGCUAUGAGCCAGGCCCCUUACCUAGGGGGCGUGGGCUCUGCUGGCACAGCCUUGCUGCACAUCGAUGACAAGGUGAUGACUAUCCAGAAGGGUGCCCGCCCUGGUGUCCCCAAGGCUGUGGUGAUGCUCACAGGUGGGAGUGGGGCAGAGGAUGCAGCUGUCCCUGCCCAGAAGCUGAGAAGCAAUGGCAUCUCCGUCUUGGUUGUGAGCGUGGGGGCUGUCCUCAGGGAGGCAGUGCGGAGGCUUGCUGGUCCCCGGGACUCCCUGAUACAUGUGGCAGCUUACACCGACCUGAGGUACCACCAGGAUGUGCUCAUCCAGUGGCUAUGUGGAGAAGCCAAGCGGCCAGUCAACCUCUGCAAACCCAACCCGUGCAUGAAUGAAGGCACCUGUGUCCUGCAAAAUGGAAGUUACCACUGCGAGUGCUGGGGUGGCUGGGAGGGCCCCCACUGCGAGAACCGGGUUUUGAGAGGAGAUGCCCUCAAGGCACACAGCUUCCACCAAGAGCCUGAAGGACAGCAACCAACCCCUUCCCAGCAAGCAUCUGGGCAUCUCAGAAUCUGAAAGGAAGCUGACCUUGGCAUAGCAUAUUUCCUGGAACAUCUGCUUCCAGCUCUGUGCAGAGCCUUCCUGCCCACAAACCUCUACCACCGAGGAGGAUAUUGCAGCUGCUGCUGCCUCAGACAGUAGUAGCAGCUGGAAUCACUCAUGAAUGGUGAUGUUGAAAACUCCUAAUGUGUCAGUAUUUAACUUCCUGUACCUGGUUCUAACUUGUUGAGGUAAGCUGUCUGCCACUUCUGAGGAUAAGCAAGAGGUCAGGGAGACAUCAGGGAAUUGUUGGAGGGUCAC